GCGAACGCACGGGACCAGUUUUGUCGCCGAAAAUAGUGAGAGUUUAAAUUAAGUCAAAAAAAUAUUGACUCGUACGACGGGACUAGCGAUGGUCAUGCCGGCACCCAAGACGAGCCUCGCACUGCUGCUGGCGCUGCUCGUUGCUCAGGGGGCGUCGCAGGUCCUCUUCGGGGGCGCCUGCCCCCCACUCAAGCCCAUGACCUACUUCGAGCCCAACCAGUUUCUGGGCCGGUGGUUCGAAAUCGCUCGCUUCUUCGUGAGCUAUGAAGGACUCGCAGGCUCGUGCUGGGUGGAAAACUACUACUUCGCGCCCAAGCGCGGCCACUUCACGGUGCUCGAGUGGAAAGAUCACCUGACAGGGAGAAUUCGCAAUAUAGAAAACGGCAUCGUUCAUGACAAUAAACAGCAGGGACUGAUACGUUACGAACUUCAGCGACCAAACUUGCCUUUCUUGCGAGGCCACUACCUGAUCCUAGCAACGGACUACAGGCGCUAUGCUCUGGCAUGGCAGUGCGAAGACUUGCCACUAGGGGUCGCCCACACAGAGAUCCUGUGGUUCCUUUCGAAGGACCAAUUCCCAGAUCCGACCGUGACGCAGAAGGUCCUAGAGCUUACCAAGAAAUUUGGACUCAACCCCAGCCACUUUGAAUUUCAAAACAGGAAGGGAUGUCCGCAUUAGAAUUCUCCUCCCAUUAUUCGGACGUCCAAACUCGAUGGAUUUUAAGACAGGAAACAGCACGAGUUAAUUUUCAUUAGGUUAAAUUGUUUAGUCAUAAGUCAAGAUUCGCAUUUCUUGCUGAGGCAAUAAAAUGCUCUGUCUGAAAAGAAAUAGAAUCAUACAAGAAGUCCUCGUAAAGAUUCCGAAUAGAGCGCCAGUUCAUAAAUUUUCAACUCCGUUCAGUCCUAUUAAAUCUCAAGAAAUGUUAGUAAAUGAAGAAUAUGGCCACAUACCUCUAAUGAAGUCUCAGAGUUCCUCAAUCCGACAGUUGAUAUUCGAUGAAAAUGGCUGCAGACGUUGAGUUAAAUGGGAUGAAAUUUGUGCACUGUAUUACAAUGCAAGAACUCAAGCCAAGUCGACAAUCCUCGUGCCAUGUGCACACCAAUGGCCUUCUCGUGAACAUGUUGGGAGUUGAUAUCCGGUACAUGUGGCUAGAGCUAAGUUUUGAACAUAAAAAAACUCGACUGGUGUACCUAAAUUUGGGUACUAAUUUUGGCUUACGUGAGCAGCUCUACGUAAAUGCUUUGUCUUAGGCUCUUAGUUUGCCUCGCUUGUACCAGCAGUCUGUUCCUCAAUAGGUUCUCUGAGCUGCGUGUUCAAUCUUACAAGUUCACCCGCAAACUAAGAAUCUAACGUUAGGGCUUCGUUAUGUUACCACUAAUUUAUUCAGACGAUUCCAAAUGUUUUCAACAUGAAUCUAAUAAAAUAAGCAAUUUUC